UUCUGUGGCAUCGUCCCAACCACAUGCACAGACGACAAAGCUUGCGGCCGCGGCAGUUGGAUGUGCAUUCCCGAAUCCGUCUCGUGCGCUCCGAUGCAGACAUUGACGUCGAUGGCGAUGAGCAGGACGGGGCCGUCGCUGCACCGAGCAUUACGUCGUUCCAGGAACUGGCCGAGAUGGCAGACGACCAACCCGCCAAGGUCAAACGGAAGAAGAACAUCCCGAUCCCCGUGAACAAACUCGUGCCCAACUACGACAAGGACGUGCUGCCGGACUUUCAUCUGCCCACGAGUUACAUCAAGUUGAGCUUGAACUUCCAGACGUCGUCGUCGUCGUCCGCCGCAGCCCCCACGAACGCGCCAUUGUCUUCAUCCAACGCCGCCACGGCCACGUCCACUGGAGAAAAGGUCGAGGUCGACUUGGAGGUCGAGGACCUAGCCUGGCUUCGCGACCAUCCUCGGUACGGCGACGCCGCCGACCCGCGGUACCAGCUGUCGCCAGACACGUUCGCCAAGAUGCUGGAUCUUCUCGAGAAAGCUUCCGCACUCAUCAACCCCGGGGUCAUCACGUUGGCCGAAGCCGACGACAUCUUCGCCAAACAUGUCGUCGUCAUCAAGAGCCCAUGCCACAAGGUCUCCACCGACGUCUACAACUACUGGGUGGCCAAGCGGGCGGCGCUCAAGCGGCCGCUUCUGCGCAAGUUCUGGCCCCAGACCCCGCUCAACGACACGAAUCCGCACUUGGUGUUUCGGCCGCGGGAAAAGGAGCGCUAUAAAUUGCGAAAACAUCGCAAAAAUGACAUGGAAGGGCUUCGUAAAUUGCAGCAAUUGCGGCACGAUUUUGACCGCGUCCGACACUUGCUGGAUCUGGUGCGCCGCCGUGAAAAGUACAAGCGCCUGCUGGUGGACUUUCUAGACGAGACGCGGGCGCAGCAAAUCCAUCUUGAGCUUCAGGGAGUUCUUCCGUCGCUGCCGCCGCGCCAGCCCAAGAUUCCGAGCGAAGACGACAUCAAACCGCGCAAGAAAAAGAAAAAACACAAGCAAUUGGACCAGCCCAACACGCUGCUGCAGCCGGCGCUGGCGGCGUUUCCAGACGUCCAGAAACCGCCCGUGCCCACGUUUUUGGAACGGCGCGGCGACGUAGCGGACGUUUCGAACGUUCCCUACGUACCCACGUACCCGCCGUCGGCCGCCGAAUUGUACGCGGCCAUGUUUCAGGACCCGCCAGUGUUUUCCGGACGAUGGCGCCAAGGACGAGGCGGCCGCUUGAUUAUGGAUCGAAUUCCGCGGUACGGAAGCAGUCGGGAGGUUCAAGCGCCGCCACCACAUGCGGAACGAAACCCGAUGGACGUGCCGAGAAAGGCGAUCAAUCGAGCUGCAAUUGCCGCCAUUUGCAACAUGAGCGACUCGGAAGACGAGGUGGUGGACCUCGUGCCAGACGAAGACAAGGCUCGACCUACGAAAUACAUAUUGGUCGUGUAGUUAUUAAUAGAACUAUGUGGAUUCGAUACGAAGACCCCGUCGAAUCGAAUCUCGCCCCGAAUCGAAUCACGAAUCGACUGUGUUGGCUAAUCCAUUUUUGAGUGGACUUGAUUGGCUCUUGCAGAAAGAACAAGGAUAUUCAACCAAUCAGAA